AUGCUCAUGAUGGCGAUGAUAAUAAGAAUUGUUUUUCUUUCAAACACUUGUAACAGUAAAUCAGAUAUACAUAUACAAACAAACAAACCAGAUGAUAAUUUUCAUCAUCCACCGAUCAUUAAUAUGUUUGCACAACUAUUUCCGCGUUUGUUUCGUCAGGAUGGCUCAUCAUCCAGCUGUGUAUCAAAUGGUUUCUUUCUUAGAAUGCAAAGAUUGUCAGCAACCACUGCACGUCGUGUAAAGCGAAAGAAACGACACAAUAGAAAGUUUAAUAGACUAACUAGUCAAGUUUCAGUCGAAGAACAUGAAGAAAAGUUUAGUUUAUUGCCAUUGUAUACCAAACGGCGUUUAUCGGGGUUGACUCAUCAGGAAAAUGAUAAAUUACUGGAAAAGGAAGGUGAAGUGACAAUAGGGGCAGUCGUGACUAAUGUUUCAAAUCGUUCAUCGAAUGCAGAACUGUGGAAAAACGAUCUCUUUAGUACACCGACAGUGAAUUCACAAACGUGGCCGACUGAUUCUCCUAAUUCAAAAAUGGCUAACGAAGUUGCACGUCUUUAUCAAGGAUUAAUUGAGACUAUAGAAAGUGAUAAACUGAUUAAAUCUAGAUAUCAUACAUGGAGUUAUUGCAGUGGUGGAAAAGCCCACCAUCCCAACAGAGAUUAUUUACCUUCUUUCGGCAGGAAUUCAGUAAUUCAGUUAAGAAAAACAAGCAAGGCAUGUCAAUGUUCUACACUGAAAAACUUGACUGCAUCUGGAGAUUCUACUGAUCAUUCAGAAGUCACUGAUAAAACCCCGCUAUAUAAUGGUAAGGCUAGUGGGGAAGUAGAAAAUGUAACUGAUAGUCCACAAUCUUAUCAUGAAAAAAAUUCUUCAGUGAAAAGCAGAUUAUUUCCCAAUGAGGCUGCAAAGGAUUCAGAAAACUCUCCCACCGAAAAUCCUAAACUUGAAAAUAAAACAGAAGAAACAGAUCAUUAUACUCGUUCAUCAGCAAAUGGCUAUGCAAAAUACCCGUAUGUUAAAUAUGUUGCAGCAAUGAUUGAUGCACUAUCUGAACGUUUAAUGGGUAAAAUAUCCGAAGACGAUUUAGAACUUCGUUUUCAAACUUUAGAAGCUGAAGCAUCCGAAGCGGCUAAACACAAUAUUCAGUCUAAUAAGCGUGAACGAUUUUUAUCUGUCAGUAAUGAAGCUGAAAUUUUGCAAUAUCACAAUUCAGUUCAAAAUACGCACAGGAAUUCUUCACCAGAAGAAAAUGUAAAUAACAGGGUCAAAAAUAAGAAAUUAGGGAAUAAAAGAUGUCGUUCUAUUUCUUGUUUCCGUGUUACUUCUAGGCAAUCAGAUUCAGAUGAUUCAUCACCACUGGAAUCAAGUCCGCAUAGUCUGAAGCAUUGUUGUUUAGCACAGGUGAAACGAUUACAACUGCGAAACAAAUUGGUGAUAACAACUAAUCUACUAAAUCGAUUGGGAAACCAUACUAAUUAUCCAAGCUUUGAAGCUGAUGUUUUAAAAUUACUUGGUAGACAACCAAGUUGGCAUCGGAUUGCCAUUCUUUACUAUCUGACUAGGUGUGUAGGAUCUGUAUCAUCCUCAGGUUCAUCAGUUCUACACCAGUCAUUAGUUGUUAAUUCUGACAGUGAUGAGACCGAUGACCACCACCUUUAUGUAGCAGGAAGCCACCAUAUUCUUCGUGGAUCAAGUGAAUUGUCGCAAUGUAGUUUAGACCCAUUAAAUCCAUUGUAUGAUACAGUUGUGACAGAAACUUGUCGAUGUCGAGCUAAUGUAGGCCGAAUGAAAGAAUAUACUAUCACAUUCUUUACACGAUGGUAUGCGGACUGGGUAUAUCAACGUGGUGGCUGGCAAUCAGUAAUUGAUGAGACUGAGGAUUCUGAGAUAGACUAA